AUGACCACACCCACAACAUCCUAUGCAGAUUCAUCUCUCAGACCGUCUCCACUGUACGACCUUUCCCAAAUAACCAACAGUCUCUACAUCAGUAACGGUGUGGCUGCCAACAGUAAACUGACUCUAGACACUAACAACAUCACCACGGUGAUUAACGUUACCCUGGAAGUGUCCAAUAUCAUCUUUGAGGACAUCCAGUAUGUACAGGUACCAAUUUCCGACUCUCCCACCUCGCCCCUCUACGAAUAUUUUGACCCCAUUGCUGAUCAUAUCCACCUCGUUGAAAUGAAACAGGGUCGGACACUGAUGCAUUGCGCGGCUGGAGUGAGCCGAUCAGCUACUCUCUGCUUGGCUUACCUUAUGAAGUACCAUUCUAUGACGCUACUAGAAGCACACACUUGGACCAAAGCCUGCCGCCCCAUCAUCCGACCCAACAAUGGCUUUUGGGAGCAGCUCAUCCAUUAUGAAUUCAAGCUUUUCAACAAAAACACUGUGCACAUGAUCAAUUCUCCAGCGGGUGUGAUACCUGACCUCUACCAGGAAGUCAGCGUAACAAUGCCAAUGUAA